CAUAUAAUUAUGUCUGGGUGAUUUGUGCAUUGCUGGGGGGGGAUGUUCUAACAACCGUGCCUAGCUCCGUCAGGUUUAUAGAAAUCGUGUCUGAAUGCCCCCCCUUUGGGAGACAGUCUGAGAAAACGUCACCUUGGCAACCAGGCUCCAUCAGAUUCUGCACAGACACACAAGCACACACACAGAUACACAUCCUGACAGGCGCAGCCGAUCCGACACAGAAUCUCACACCACAUCCCGGAGCAAGAGGUAACCCUGGGGUCGGGGAGGUCUGCAUCAGCCUAUUGCUGUGCCUGGGACAAUGGUGCAGCUGGGAUCUAUCCUGGCAGAAAAAGGAGAAAAUGACCAAGGGCUGGAUGAGGACAAAGUGCCCUUGAUAGCUCCUCUAGAUGUCAACCAGCUGGAGCAACCCUUCCCUGAUAAGCUGAUUGUAAAGACACGGACAGAAUAUCAGCUGCAGCAAAAGAAGAAAAGAAAGAUCCAUGUCCCAGGAAUCAAACGUCUGAACAUCAACCUUUAUGAUGAGGUAUCUGAGAAAGUCAAGCUGACUGGACUGAUCCUCAUUACCAUGGUGUUUCUGGCGUGUCUUCUCAUGCUGGUGAUGUACAAGGCUCUGUGGUAUGAACAGCUCAGUUGUCCAGAAGGAUUCAUAUUCAAGCACAAGCACUGCUCCCCCACAGACCUGGAAAUGUAUUAUUCCCAGCAAGAAACAGGACCUCGUGGAGCACUCUACACGGCCAUCACUCAGGCCAAGAAAACUCUGCCAGAGCUCCCGUCUCCCUGGCUUCCUGUUAUUAAUGCCCUAAAGGAAGCAGAAAAGGCCAAAAGAGAGUUGGGAGCAACAAAGCAGUGAGCUUUUAAGGGGCAAGGUGGCACUAUGGGCCGGCUAUAAUCAUUGAGAGGGGGAGGGGCGGGGGGCUGUCUUUGGGAGGGAGGGUCCUAGGGUUCCCCAUCACCCAACACUAUUUUGCCUGAAACAUCUACUUGUAAAAGUCUUCUUUAGAAAAAAAAAAGUUAAAUGGAGUUGUAAUAAAGUUAAGGCACUUACCAAUUUA